UGGACAGCGGUCGGAGCUCGCGCUGGCUCCUGUUGCCACAGCAACCACUGAGGAGAAAUCCGUGCAGCUUCUGAUGCUGUAGCAUUAACGCAAUGAGGGGGAUGUAGCAGUUGUGGUCGGACAGAUGGGACCUCAAGAUUGACUGUGACUCACCACAAAGCGACGAGAAAAGGAAAAUGUGGCGGUAAUAGACGAUUGUUAUGUUGGACUGGAAGGACGAGGCUGGAAAUGACUGUUUUCGAGCCGCAAUCAAGACCUGAGGACUCUGCUGCCAUUUACAUGACCGAGCUGAGGAACCCUUAGAGACAAGCUGCCAUACAAUGUCAAAGUCAUAAUUUCAGCGCAUCACUGCAUCCUCGACUGUUGGACACGAGUGUGUGUGAGUGUGUGACAGUUCUUAUCACAGUCAUCAAGAUUGGGGGGGGGGACGCUGUGUCCUCUAGCACCGCACGCAUGCUAUUUAUAGACUGGCUUCAAAUUCGAACAACCUGCGCUUUGAGACAUGGAAAGAGAGAGGAGGAAAAACAAUGAAAUGUCUCGUAAUGGGAAUUAAAUUUGCAUGUUUGCCGCUCUCUUUUUAACAUCCACUUGCAUCACUUGUUUGCCUCUCUGUCAGAUAGGAGUGAGUCACGUCCACAGGGAAUCAAGAAAUACAGGAGCUAAUUACAUUUGUAAUCAACUUAUAUGGCCUUCGCUUGAAUGGCUUGCCACGCCUAUGGCUAGCGCAAAUGAGGAUCUCCUUUAGCCACUAUUUUAGCAAAGUAGUCAAUGAAACAUACAUUUUUGCCAUAUACAAGGAUGUAACCAAAUACUGGGGAUAAAAGUUUAGGAAUUUGACAUAAAAAAGUCAACAACUAGCCACUAACCUUGAUAUUGGGAGGAACAACUAGAACUGUUUUUGGCCGGCGGUGUGCAUGCUUUCUAUCACACACACCCACCCCUAUGUUGACAUCUAUACACCUGAUAGGAAGGGCUUGAUGAAUGCAAAGGGUUUUUAGCGGUGCUGGCUCAACGACACUAGAAGGGUUUUACUCACACAAGGUAAGUACAGAUAUCAAGCUAUUCCCUCUUGCGUUCUUCAGAUCUGCCGCAAAGUGUUAACAUUUGGCAUUUUGCAAACAAUUACAUUCUUAUCUACAUAACACGUCUGUGUCUUCUCUCAUUUUUUUGCAGAAUGAACAAAGUGCUUGGAGGGACAAUGUGAGCAUUCAGAGUUGAAGGUCAUAAUCAAGUGUAGCCAUUACUGGAAGAAAAUAUCUGGCAGUAUUCAGGAUGAUUCUGCUGACUUUAUCCGAAUCUGCGUUUCUUCCACAUCAUUCUAGAAUCAGUUAUGGAUAACAAGGCAAAAACACGCUCUGUGUCCAGACUCUGAUUUCAAAGGAACUUAUUUUUGGACCUCUCUUAUGUCAACUAACUUUAUUUCUUUAUUGCUUCUUUGGUUUUGUCUUUCUCUAAACCAUGCUGGAAAAACCCAAGUAAGUUCUUUAAUUGAGUGCGGACAGUGAAUGGAGAUCCUCAUUUAGCAUGCAAUGAAUUUCUGUAUUGUGUUUUAGUAUAAUCUGCUUGUCAUAUAUACAUCAGGGUGUCUUAUCAUGGACAUAUGUAUAAUGUUAAGCUUUCCGUCAAGACUCAAGUUUGCUUUUGUGGACUUCUAAUCAGCAGUAUAUGCUGCAAGCUCUUGAAAAGAUGAAUUUAAGCAAUCCUUUUUGGUGAAAAACAAACGCAAAGCAGAAAAAUAAGGGCUAUCAAGGACAGUGCUCAGGUGCUGCUCCUAUAGCAUACUAAAAUUUGCUUAAUUUGAACAUUUGCACCUGCUUCCUGACUCUUUCGCUCCUCUCGGCUGUGGCCAAGCUCCAUCUCUCAGGAUGAGCCAGAAGUCCGACUCAGAGACUGAGAGCUCCCAGGCACCGGUGAUUUAUACGGUGGAGGAACUGGAGUGCAAGAUCUGCUACAAUCGCUUUGACACCCGAGCCCACAAGCCCAAGGUGUUGAGCUGCUUGCACCGGGUCUGUGCCAAAUGUCUAAAGAAGAUGGUGGAGCUGGACUCGUCACCGAGCAUCAUCAGCUGUCCCUUCUGUCGCCACGAGACUCACGUCCCUGACGAGGAGAUCUGGUUGCUUCAAGAUGACAGCAACAUUUUGGCUAUUCUGACUUACCAGGACCGGGCGCGUAAGAGCGGCACCACACCCAGCGGUGAGGUCCUUUUGACGCCCAACAGCCUAAGCGGAGGCGAGCAGGCCCACAGCUCCUCCGACUGCCUCGUCAUCACAAUCAUGGAAAUCCCUGGAGAGUCGCAGUCCUCGGACUCUAUGAGCAUGUUGAACAUGGUGCGCUUGUAUCGGCCGGCCAGCUUGGACUCCUUGCCUUGCCACCUUCCCGUGCAGAAGUGUCGGGCUUGGACGUCUCGUUCGGUCCCUCGCUUUCUAAUGGGUUUCCUCUGCCUGGUCUACUUUAGCUCGCUGCCACUGGGGAUCUACUUGCUGAUGAUCCAGCAGCUCACGAUGGGAGUGAUCUUGGUCAGCCUGGUGCCCUCCACCCUGGUCCUUUGUGUGUUCUACGGCUUCUGCCAAUGUCUGUGCCACGAGAUCAUGGAGGCCAUCGCCACAUAACACCCUACGGUCGGUCCUGUAAAAGAACAAAAGCCAAAUGAUUGACGCAUAUCUACUAAUUCCAGACACCGCAUUUUUUCCGUCACACCAGAUUAUACCAGCAUCUACCAGUGAACUCCUUGUAACUCACCUCACAUUAUAUGCAGGGCCAACUGUACUUGACUUUAGCAGUUGAAGCUUGAUUACCAAUGCAAGCUGGAGGUAUUGAUUUUGGACUGCAUCAGAUCGCUGUGGUUUUGUAUAGUGUCUAGCUCAUCCAAUGGGUCUUCAACAGCUGUGAUAUAAAUAACACGCAACAGAGAAUGAAGUCCUUCCACACUUUAAUAUGGAAACCACAGGAUGUGUUCAACAGUACUAGAUGAAUUGGUUCGUUUUCUGUUCUCUUCUGAAUAUCUGUGGUAUAAUUUCAAUCAUUGUCUCAAUGUUCUCGUUGAAGUUCCUAGUUGCCUUUGUAAGGCAUGUCAGUGGCCAAGCUGUAAUGUAUAUGUAAAAUAAGUGAAUUUGUGUUUGUCAUUGCUAUGAGAAUGAACAAAUACUUUAAAGCCACCUGUUAGAUAUUCAAUAAAGAUUCUUCCAUAUCUAACAGAAC